UUCGCAGUUCCCACACAGCCGCUCGUGAAACGUCAAUCGUAGUUCUGUUCUUUUGCCGCAUCUCUCUUUCUCUCUGACUCCUUCGGCGCUCUCUACUAAACCACUCUCACUAUACUCCGUGUCGCAGUCGCCACUCUUAGCAUGUGGUCUUAGAAUUGCGGCUUCCUAAGGAUUAUACCUGCUGUGAUGGAGAUUGAAACACGUGUUACCACUAUCAAUAGCAAUGAGCAAUCUGACCCUGAAACACUGCCCAGCAAGUGUAGGAGAAAGAAGUCUAUUGUGUGGGAACACUUCACAGUAAAAGCUGUUGGAGAUGGCAUUACUAGGGCUUACUGUAAACAGUGUAAAAAAUCAUUUGCUUAUAUUUCUGGUUCAAAAGUUUCUGGCACAAGUCAUCUGAAACGACACAUUGCCUUGGGAAUCUGUCCAGCAAAUCGACAGAAAAAUCAGCAAAGUCCACUUUCAAAAAACUUGAGUUCUGGAGAUACGGCUCCACCAAAGAAACGUGUAAGAGCAACCUCUGGAUUGGGUGUAAUCCCAUUUGAUCAGGAACGUUGCAACAGUGAGAUGGCUAAGAUGAUAAUUGCGCAAGAUUAUCCACUUCAGAUUGUGGAACACAAGGGUUUCAUUGAUUUUGUACGGACUCUCCAGCCCCAGUUCAAUGCACUAAGCUCUACUCAUGUUCAUGGGGAUUGCAUUUCAAUGUACCUCAGUGAGAAGCAAAACCUCUCAAAACUUAUCAGAGAAAUUCCUGGACGGGUCAACCUGACCUUGGAUUUAUGGACUUCAAACCAGACAGUGGGUUAUGCUUUUCUUCGUGGACAUUUCAUUGAUGCUGGUUGGAAUGUACAUCAUCCUGUUCUUAACGUGAUCACGGUGCCAUUUCCUGAUUCUGAUGAUUCCUAUAAUAAAAUGAUUGUGACUUGCCUUACUGAUUGGCACUUGGAGGGUCGGGUAUUUACACUUGCACUUGAUCAGUCCUCAAAUGAGACUGUGUUGGGAAAUCUUAGAGGACUCCUUUCUGUUAGGAAUCCUUUGAUUUUCAAUGGCCAGUUACUAAGCAGGAAUUGUUUUGCUCGGAUUCUUAGUCGUCUUGCUCUAGAUGCGCUAUGGGCAAUGAGAGACACCAUUAGCAAAGUGCGAGAGUGUGUGAAGUUAGUGAAAAUUUCAAAAUCUAACGAAGCGAAGUUCAUUAAGCUGAGGCAACAACUCCAAGUCCCUAGUACAAAAGACCUUUUUAUUGAUAACCAAACUAAAUGGGACACGACUUACCAUAUGCUGGUCGCGGCCUGUGAAUUAAAGGAAGUUUUUGCUUGCUUUGAGACCCCUGGCCAUGAUUACAGAAUGCCUUUGUCUAUGGGUGAAUGGAAGGAAGUAGAAAUUCUCUGCACAUAUUUGAAGCAGCUAUAUGAUGCAGCUAAUCUUCUAACUUGCCAACCAUACCCAACCGCAAACUUAUUUUUCUCUGUAGUGACCGAUCUUCUGGUGGAGUUGACUCAUGCAGCUUUCAGCCAGGAUCCCUUCCUCAGUAAUUUGAUUAGGCCUUUGCAAGAGAGGUUUGAUCAAUAUUGGAGAGAAAGUUGCCUCGUCUUGGCAGCUGCUGUAGCCAUGGACCCAAGGUAUAAAAUGGAGUUUGUGGAAUUAACCUUUUGUCAGAUCUUUGGUGAGAAUGCUGAGCCAUGGGUUAGGGUUGUUGAGGAUGGUCUUCACGAACUCUUGCAUGAAUAUAUUGUAGAACUUCUUCCUUUGACAACUACAGAUGCAAAUGAAGGGAAUGAGAUUAUGAUUAAGACAGAGCCAUGUCAAGAAGGGUCUAUUGAUGGAAAUGAGAUUAUGAUUAAGACAGAGCCAUAUCAAGAAGGGUCUAUUGAUGGAUCUCUUUUCAUAGAUACAGAUGGAUUAUCAGACUUAGAAAUAUAUAUCUCUGAUCUUACCAGUAACCAAAUCAAGUCAGAGUUGGAUCAAUAUCUGGAAGAGCCUCUGCUACCCAGAGUAGAAGAAUUUGACAUUCUGAGUUGGUGGAGACUAAACAGAUCAAAUUACCCCACUUUGGCUAGAGUGGCAUCUGAUAUUUUGUCUAUGCCAUUAUCUACUCUCUCUGCAGAGUCUGUUUUUGACACAGAAACUAGAAAAAUGGAUAGCUACCGCAGUUCAUUAGGUUCUACGACUAUCGAGGCACUUUUUUGUGCCAAGGACUGGUUACAUCAUCAAUCAUUAUCUAAUUCCAACGCACUAAUGGAAAUGAGAUUUUGAAGUUAGGUUAUUUCAUAUAAGGUUAGAUCCACAAGUAGCUUUUAGGUAUUGAAGUGUUACAACUGCAUUCAGGUCUAUAGUAUAGCAAUAAUUCCAUUUUAAUCUUUUUUUGUUGGGGAAAAUUAUUUCCUCUGUACACAAGAAAUUGAUUGUAUUCAUGGUUUUAAUGAAACACCUGGCAGAUUUUAUAGUCUCUUGGGUUGGUU